GGGCUGCCGUUACUAGGGGCUCGCUUUGCGGCAUGGCGAUGGCGGAGGGAGAGCGGGCCGAGUGUGCGGGACCCCCCCGCGACGAGCCGCCGGCCGAGGGUGCGCUCAAGCGGGCCGAGGAGCUCAAGACUCAGGCCAACGAGUAUUUCAAAGGGAAGGACUACGACAACGCCAUCAAGUUGUACAGUCAGGCCAUCGAGAUUAACCCCAGCAACGCCGUCUACCAUGGGAACCGCAGCCUGGCCUACCUGCGCACCGAGUGCUACGGCUACGCUCUGGCCGACGCCACCAGGGCCAUCGAGCUGGACAAGAAAUACAUCAAAGGCUACUAUCGCCGGGCGGCCAGCAACAUGGCCCUGGGCAAGUUCAAAGCCGCCCUACGCGACUACGAGACGGUGGUGAAGGUGAGGCCCAAUGACAAGGACGCCCAGCUGCAGUACCAGGAGUGCCACAAGGUGGUGAAGCGGAAGGCGUUCGAGCGCGCCAUCGCGGGCGAUGAACACAAGCGCUCGGUCGUGGACUCGCUGGACAUCGAGAGCAUGACCAUCGAAGACGAGUACAGCGGGCCCAAGCUGGAGGAUGGGAAGGUGACUGCUGGCUUCAUGCAGGAGCUGAUGCAGUGGUAUAAGGAGCAGAAGAAACUGCAUAGGAAAUGUGCUUAUCAGAUUUUGGUGCAGGUGAAGGAGCUGCUGGCGAAAUUAACGACGCUGGUGGAGACCAAGCUGAAGGAGACAGAGCAGAUAACCAUCUGCGGAGACACACACGGCCAGUUUUAUGACCUGCUCAAUAUAUUCGAGCUCAACGGUUUGCCCUCAGAGACCAACCCCUAUAUAUUUAACGGUGACUUUGUGGACCGCGGUUCCUUCUCUGUGGAAGUGAUCCUCACCCUGUUCGGCUUCAAGCUCCUCUAUCCCGACCACUUUCAUCUCCUGCGAGGGAACCACGAGACAGACAACAUGAACCAGAUCUACGGCUUCGAGGGCGAGGUUAAGGCCAAGUACACGGCGCAGAUGUUCCAGCUGUUCAGUGAAGUGUUCGAGUGGCUGCCCCUGGCCCAGUGCAUCAACGGCAAAGUGCUGAUCAUGCACGGAGGCCUGUUCAGCGAGGACGGGGUCACCCUCGACGACAUCCGCAAGAUCGAGCGCAAUAGGCAGCCGCCAGACUCAGGGCCCAUGUGUGACUUGCUGUGGUCGGACCCCCAGCCCCAGAACGGCCGUUCGGUCAGCAAGCGCGGGGUCAGCUGUCAGUUUGGGCCGGAUGUGACCAAGAGCUUCCUGGAGGAGAACCAGCUGGAUUACAUCAUCCGCAGCCACGAGGUCAAGGCCGAGGGCUACGAGGUGACCCACGGCGGCAAGUGCAUCACCGUCUUCUCGGCCCCCAACUACUGUGAUCAGAUGGGCAACAAAGCAUCCUACAUCCACCUCAGCGGGGCCGACCUGCGGCCGCAGUUCCACCAGUUCACAGCAGUGCCUCAUCCCAACGUCAAGCCCAUGGCCUACGCCAACACCCUGCUGCAGCUGGGCAUGAUGUGAGAGAGGCCGAGCGGACCCAGCGGCCCGGGCCGGGCCGGACCGGACAGGGCCGGGCCGGCGGCGGGGGGCCCCGGGGCGGGCGGCGGAAGGCCGGCGGAGAGGCCGGUUUUCCCGGCCCCUUCACUCUGCAGAGUUUGUAUUUAUUCCCCUUUCCGUUGGGAGAGGGGGGCGGAGCGGGGCUGGGCCCGGCCAAGGGAAGAUGGGGGCA